AUGGCUGUGUUUGUCGGUAUUGCCAGCGCCUCUCCCACUCUCCUCCAGGAGCGCCAAGGCAGUGGCGCCGCUGCCAGCGGCGAUGGACCAUACGGCGCGGUGGCAGUCUCAACCGACGCGGCUCUCGCCGAUCACUCCAUUUACAUCCCCACGGCUAGUACUGGGACAACCAAGUGGCCCGUUAUGGUAUGGGGCAAUGGCGGCUGCUCGAGCGACGGGGCCUCCAACGCUCGCUUCCUCGGUGCCGUGGCGUCGUACGGCUACCUCGUCAUUGCGUCGGGCGCACCCGGCGGCCGCAGCCAGACUGCCGCAGCUAUGAUGACGGCCUCGAUCGACUUCACCGUCAAGGUGGCGGGCACUGGCAGGUAUGCCAACGUCGACGCUACCAAAAUCAUGGCCGCCGGGUUCUCGUGCGGCGGAGUCGAGGCCAUGGCCAUGAGCUGGGACCCGCGUGUCAAGACCAUCGGCAUCUUCUCGUCGGGCCUGCUGACCAACUACACGGCCGCCUCGACGUUCACCAAGCCCGUGGUCUUCAUAAUCGGCGGUUCUGGCGAUGUUGCCUACCAAAAUGCUGAGCGCGACUUCAAGGCUCUCCCAGCGACCACACCGUCCUGGAAAGGCAACCUCCCGCUGGGCCACGGCGGAGACCUCUUCCAGCCCAACGGCGGCAAAUUUGGCCGGGCUGGCAUCGCCUGGCUGGAGUACGUGUUCAGGGGCAACGAGACUGCAAAGAGGUACUUUCUGGCCGAUGGUUACAAGGUCGACGGAUGGCAGGUUGAGACGCACGCGCUAGACCAGCUGAAGCCAUUCAUCUAG